CUGAUGACGUCACACGCUGGAUGACUCCACGGGAUCAUGUGCUGAAAAGUCAGCAAGGCUUACAAACAAGGAAAUCUCAACCUUUGAGUAGAUCGAUAGUCUGUAGCCGUUAGGUAGUGUUGUUCAGGUAAAUCAAGUUAAAUAAAAUCAAAGUUAAACCAUGAUGGCGUCUCUGUUUAAAAAGAAGACGGCUGACGAUGUCAUUAAAGAGCAGGCCAAAGAGCUGAGAGGCACCCAGAGACAAAUCACCAGAGACAGAGCUGCCCUGGAGAGACAGGAGAGGCAAAUGGAAAUGGAAAUCAAGAAAAUGGCCAAAUCUGGGAACAGAGAAGCAUGUAAGAUAUUAGCCAAGCAACUUGUACAGCUUAGAAAACAGAAGAAUCGAACCUACGCCGUAAGCUCGAAGGUCACUUCCAUGUCCACACAGACCAAAGUGAUGAAUUCUCAGAUGAAGAUGGCCGGAGCCAUGUCUAAUACAGCAAAGACAAUGCAGGCUGUCAAUAAACGAAUGGAUCCUAAGAAGACGCUACAAACCAUGCAGGACUUUCAGAAAGAAAACUUAAAAAUGGGAAUGACAGAAGAUCUGAUUAACGAUACGCUAGAUGAGAUUUUUGAUGAAUCCGGCGAUGAAGAAGAAUCCCAGGACAUUGUGAACCAGGUGCUCGAUGAAAUCGGCAUUGAGAUCUCUGGAAAAAUGGUAAGAGCCCCGGCAGCAGGAAAAGGCCUUCCCGGCGCUUCCCCGGCAAAGUCUAAAGCUGCCACCAUCUCAGACGCAGAGAUCGAGAGACAGCUAAAGGCUUUGGGUGUGGACUAAAUAUCUGCAUUAACCACACCUGUGCACCCACUGUUACCAAAGGACUGAGUGUAUACAGUGGGAACAGGGAGGUUAUGGGGACGGCCAAGUAAUGAAUGAAGGAUAAAAUGUCAUUUAGCAUCUGCUCCUAAAGAAACAUAUGCGUAACUGAUUCGAAGUUGGAUAUAAUGGUCUGAUAAACAGUAUAGAGCAGAUUCAAAAUAAAGUCUUCAGACCAAAUCUGCUCUCAUACGUGUCUUCACAUUUUAAAACACCACAGUUAUUGUAAGUUUAAGAAGAGUGAAAUGUGUGAUGAAAAAUGUGACCACAUUCACACCAAGCAGUUUGUUUAUACAGCAUCUGUUUGGAGAAAUUGCACACUUCACCUUUAAUUUAAGGGGUGCUAUUUUCUAUGCCUGUCCUAAACCUUAGCACUUAACAAUUCAGAUUAAAGGGGACACACAAAAUGCAGUGCAUGCUGGGAGUGCUCCAGAAUAGUAUUGAGAGUCACUGAUUUUCAUGUAUAUAGGUGAACAACAUGGUACUGGAACUCUCAUGUGUCACCGGCUAAAGAUCUCAAAUAUGUGUGUGAACUCUUUGGAUGCUCAUUAUGUUUACAUUUAUGUUUCAGGUUGCGUAUGACUUUAGAAAGUAAGGUAAGCUUUUCUGUUAAGGUGAGAUUUAGGAAACAUUUACUCUCUGGUAAAAUAUCUUGCAUGAGAAUCUUUGUUGAUAAUGUGAUGAAGUUUUAUCAACCUUGACACCACUGGGACCGUUCAGCUACAGUACUUGAUGGGUGAACUUGAAUCAUAUAUACAUUCAUGCAUUUGACAGAUGCUUUGCUGGUAUCCAAAGUGAUUCAUAGUGCAUUAAAAUUACAGUACAUCUUUUUUUGGUCUAAAAAGCAGUGUAUGUAGCCCAAUUACUGUUACAAAUCUGUUUAAAAUUUAAUAUCAUAUUAUGGUUAUGAAAGGUGGCAUAUACAGCAUAAAUAAAAGGACUGUUACUGGCAUAUACUGUAUAA